CAAGUCGUCUACGGAGAGGUGUUGCGUGGGGUGUCACGUGACUAGCUUGAGUCGAAACAGAGAUAAUCUCAGCGUGGCCACACGCGAGAUUAAUUGGGGGAUCUUACACGAAGUUAACGCACCGUGAGACUGAUAUCCCCCUCCUGACGUGGGAGGAGAUUCGAGAGAACUCCCAGUGUCCGUCGCGAGGGGACAAAAUGUCGCGACCGAAGGGCAAGUCCAACAGACGGCGUGCCAAAGUAAAGGACGGUGAGGCAGAUGAACGGGAAGGAGCCCUGGCCUUCAAGGUGUUGACAGCAGACCAGACCCGAGAACUACAGGCACUCAGUAUAGAACACAUACAGAUGAAAUUAUGCGACAUAUUCAAGCUAGACAGUCACUCAACGGACCUGCGGGAGGCUUCCAUAUUAGACUUCUACACAGCGUCUGUAUGGUGGGGCAAGGAGAAGGCAUUCUCUGUUCAGCAGCUGUCAGGCUUCUUCACACUCGUACACACACUCUUCGACAAUGUCAAAGAGAAACACCUAUCAUUGGUUGAAAACCUGAAAGAGAUGAAGAAGAUGCUUGUGGGUAUCGGAGCUGAGAGUGGACCAGACAUGCAAUACGGAGGACUGGAGUUCUUUGAUGUGAACCAGGCCAAAGAAAUCACCAACUAUCUAUACACCAGCUUCUUCCAACACUACACGCUGCACGAGUACAUGUUCUCAACACUCCAAGCUGAGGAAAUCAUUGGGACAGAUCUGGACGUGGAGGUGGCCAAGGCAGCAGAUGUCCCGUUUCCCCCUCCCCUUGACGAGGGUGUGUCUGAGGAACACUUCACCCAGUACAUUGCCACGCCCCCUCCAACACCGGUACCAGAGCCAGUGGAAGCUACGGCUGAUGAAGUGAGCGAGCUGCAGAUGGAUGAGAAGACGACGGAGAACAUCUUCUCUGAGCUGUCUGUGGAGGAUGUGAAGGAGGUCAUCGAGAGUGUUGCCAAGGAGAUGCUGGGAGGGCUCCAGACGGAGGUUGCAGCCAAACUGAGAGAGAAGGAAAAUCAGCUGAUUUCUAAGAUCAACAAAAUCCAUCGGGUGGCAGAGACAUGAAGCAUAUUUUUUAUCGAUAAAUCCACUUACACUGUGAUAUACGUAACCCAAAGUAUUCGGCGGAAGAAUUAAUACAAAGGAACUCUGAAUAUGUUUCGGAUCUAAUGUCAGCAGGAUGUGUCAUCACAUUCAUAAUGUGACUCCUAUUUAUUUAGUGCAGUCAUGAGAGUCUAUAUAUCACCAUUUUGUAAAUAAAAAACUUACACCUCGA